GAGUUAGGGAGCUGGGUCACUAGCUUUAGGGAGCCCAUUUGGCCCAGGUGACACGGCAGAGUCGCUGGUGGCUGGGCUGGCUGUGCAGAGAUGUACUUCUGCUGGGCUGCAGACGCCCCGCAGCCUCAGCGCCUGGAGGCGGGAGAUGGCAGUAAGCUCUUGCAGGCAUCCAGUGGAGAGCGCCACUCCCUGCUACUGUUCAGCAACCACCGGGUGUACUCCUGUGGGGACAACAGCUUGGGCCAGCUGGGCCAGAAGAGAGAGCAGAGUACUGAACGGCCAGAACCAAUUCAGGCACUGGAUUCUCUGCACGUUGACCUCGUGAGCUGUGGGAAGGAGCACUCCAUGGCUAUUUGCCACAAAGGAAGGGUCUUUGCAUGGGGAGCAGGUUCUGAAGGGCAGCUGGGGAUCGGAGAAUUUAAGAAAAUAAAUUUAACGCCUAUGAAAAUAAAAGCUCUGGCUGGCAUAAAAAUAAUCCAAGUUUCCUGUGGACACUACCACUCCUUGGCAUUAUCAGAGGAUGGCCAAGUGUUUUCAUGGGGAAAAAACAGUCAAGGUCAGCUGGGCCUGGGGAAGAAUAUCCAGUCCCAAGCCAGCCCACAGAAGGUGAAGUACCUGGAGGGAAUCCCACUGGCUCAGGUGGCUGCAGGUGGCAACCACAGCUUUGCUCUCUCUCUCACGGGGACUUCAUUUGGCUGGGGAAGCAACAGUGUUGGGCAGCUGGCCCUCAGUGGGGAAAAAAUGGAAGCACUGCAGAUCCACAAGCCUCAUUCAAUUGGUGCCCUGAAGAGUCUGGGUGUGAUUUAUAUUACUUGUGGUUAUGAGCACACUGCAGUGCUUACCCAGGAUGGGCAAGUGUUUACAUUUGGAGGCAGUAACUCUGGGCAGCCACAGCACAGCCCCAGGAGUGAGAGAAGAGGCCCACAACUCGUGGAAGGAAUUGGUGGCCGCGUUUCUAAGAUAGAGUGUGGAAGUUAUCAUACCAUGGCAUACGUUGACACCACUGGUCAGGUGGUAUCUUUAGGCCGUGGACCAAGUCCCACAAGCAACCCAACUCAUCAGGAGGUCCCAGCAGAGAACUCUGACAUCACCUGCCUGCUCUCUGCAGAAGACCUCAUGGGUGUUCAAGUCAAAGACAUUUUUGCUGGGGCACAUGCCAACUUUGUGGCAACUCAUCAGGUGUCACAUACUAGGUCCACAAGUGUUUCCAUGAAAAUCCUACCAGAAAUUAACCGAAUCAACCAGUCACUGGCACAGAAAUGGAUAGAAGUGAAAAGAAAUAAAGAGUGUGGAGAAGCUAAAAGAGAAAUUGAGAUGAUAUUUUCAUCUGCUGCUUGUUUGACUGCAAGUUUUUUGAAGAAAAGAGAUACUGGAGAGAAGAAUUUCAUUGAUGUGGACUUAAAUAUGGCAAGGAAUGUCUUCAAGAAGUUAACAGCAGUGAAAUGGAUUUCUUCCACGAUAGCCACAUGUCUUGAGGAUAAUCUGCUCAAAGCUCUUCCAUAUCAUUCUCUACAUCAAGAUGCUCUAUUGAUUUUUCUUUUGCUCCCGGAAUGUCUCAUGCUGCAGGAUCCUAAGAAGCGGAAGACCUUGACAGUUGAAUUUGCAAAGGCUAUUUAUGAAAUGAAUAAGAAAUCAUUAGCAUUCUUGAAAAAGUGUUGGACAUCUUUGGAAGUUUCUUUUCUCAAUACACUGGUCCAGAUGCUAAAGGAAGCUAUCAUCAUCAUCUCUCAAAUGUGUGAUCCAGUUUCAAUCAAACAGCAUCAAUAUGAUCUUAAAGUUCUUUUAGAAAUGAUGAAACAUGUGCAUAAGGCUAACCGUCAGCUUCCAGAAAGUACUUUCAUCAUAAGUGAGCUUUCUGCCAUCUUAGACAUAACUAUAAAACAACGCACACUGUCCUUCUUGUAUCACAAUCUGCUAUUUUUAGAAUGCCCCGAUCCUACUGUUUUCAGUGAUUUUCUAUUCAGCUUUGAUUUGCCAUCCAAAAUUAAGUUAAUGAAUUAUGAGUCCUCUGUAAAGCUGAUGUGUGAAGCCAGGGAAUCUGAAAGCAUGAGACCACCAUUCCUAAUACUGAGAGUCAAACGAAGUCACCUGGUUGAAGACACCAUGCGUCAAUUAGGACAAGCUGAAUCCCUUGACCUUAGGAAACCACUAAUGGUCGAAUUUAUUCAAGAAAUCCGUGCUGAGAGUGGAGGGGUGAGUUCAGAGUUCUUCCACUGCAUAUUUGAAGAGAUGACAGACCCCAAGUAUGGAAUGUUCAUGUAUCCUGAAAAGAGUUCCAACAUGUGGUUUCCAGUCAGUCCUAAGAUUGAGAAGAAGAACUAUUACCUUUUUGGGAUCUUGUGUGGACUCUCCCUAUCCAAUUUAAAGGCUGUCAACCUUCCUUUCCCACUGGCUUUAUAUAAAAAACUUCUGAAACAAAAGCCAUCACUGGAAGAUUUAAAAGAACUCAGUUUUCCCUUGGGAAAGAGUUUGCAAGAAGUUCUAAAUUGUGAGGCUGGUGACAUUGAAGAACUUCAUAUACAUUUUUCUAUACACUGGGAUCAAGAAGAUGUUGACUUAAUUCCAAAUGGGAUCUCUAUACAUGUGAACCAAACCAACAAGAAAGACUAUGUUUCUAAGUGUGUCGAUUACAUUUUUAACACCUCUGUAAAGACGAUUUAUGAGGAAUUUCAUAGAGGAUUUUACCAGGUGUGUCAUUGGGAUAUAAUUACACGGUUACAGCCUGAAGAGCUAAUGACAGCAAUAAUUGGAAAUACUACUUAUGACUGGACACAAUUUGAAAAUAAUUCACAGUAUGAAAAAGAAUAUCACAAAUCACAUCCAACUAUUCUACUCUUUUGGAAAGCUUUCCAUGGAUUAACUUUGGAUGAAAAGAAAAAAUUCCUCGUGUUUCUUACAGGACGUGAUAGACUUCAUGUAAAAGGCCUACAGUGUGACGGAAUAACAUUUCGUUGUCCUCAAACUCUCAGUGAAAAGGAUAACCCAAGAUCAUUGACGUGUCACAGUAUUCUAGACCUGCCUAAAUAUUCUACCAUGAAAAGGAUGAAGGAAGCACUUCAGGUGGCAAUCAAUAAUAACAAGGGGUUUGUCUCAUGGGGAUGAUGCUGAAAUAAUCACCUCCCACCAUUAUAACCACUGGUGUCAGGAAUUAUA